GGAAGAAGCAGCAGCUGUGGGAAAGGAAGUCACAGCAAGAGCUUUAACAGCAGCUCCAGGGACCGGCUGCAUCAGAACCUGCAACUCUGCAACUGCAACUCUGCAACUGCAACUCUGCAACUCUGCAACAUGUGCUCCUGGCAAAUUCACUCUUUCACCCACACCGACAAUAACAUACGGUUUUCUAUAGACUGAAAGAACUUUACUUUUGUUGUGCAGAGUUAUUUUGUAUCUGCAUUUCCUGGAUCUUAUUGUUUUUGUAAUCUGAAUGACAAGUUUCUACCCAUUUAUUGGCAAAGUGUAUUUUCCCAGAAGAAGAAGAAGAAGAAGCCGCGUGUCGUUUGGCAUUUUAGGGAGACAUCGGGGAUAAUGGCAAAGAGCUGCCUGGUCAGUCGCACCCAGACGGUUCCCAGGGAAGAUCCGUUCCUGAGCAGCUACAGACUGUUGGGCAAGGAGUUGGGCAGGGGGAAGUUUGCGGUGGUCAGGAAAUGUGUGGAACUGGGCAGUGGCAAGGAAUACGCCGCCAAGUUUUUGAGGAAACGUAGAAAAGGCGAGGAUUGUCGCAGCAACAUCAUCAACGAAAUCGCCAUCCUCGAAAUGGCCAGGUUUUCCCCGUACGUGGUGGAUCUUCAUGAGGUGUACGAGACCAACAACGAGAUCAUCCUCGUCAUGGAAUAUGCGGCUGGGGGUGAAAUCUUUGAGCAGUGUGUGGCCGACCACGACGAGGCUUUCACCGAGAAAGAUGUCGUCCGACUGAUCCGCCAGAUUCUGCAGGGGGUGCUGCACCUACACACGUGCCAUGUUGUUCAUCUGGACUUAAAGCCACAGAAUAUCCUGCUGACUAGUAGCAAUCCCCUCGGGGACAUUCGUAUUGUGGACUUUGGCCUAUCCAGACAGGUGGACACCAUAAAGGAGGUCAGAGAGAUUCUGGGAACCCCAGAGUAUGUUGCUCCUGAAGUCCUGAACUAUGAGCCAAUAAGCACCGCGACUGAUAUGUGGAGUGUUGGGGUGCUGGCCUACGUCAUGCUAACAGGGGUAUCACCAUUCCAGGGAGACACCAAACAAGAAACUUUCCUAAACAUUUCCCAGGUCAAUAUUCAGUAUGGGCAGGAAGAUUUCGAAGGAAUCUCAGAUCUGGCCAUAGACUUCAUCAAGUCCCUGUUAAUCAAGAAUCCCAGGAAGAGAAUUCGAGCAGAUCAAUGCCUGAAGCACCCUUGGCUCUCUUCGCCCAUUGAGUCUGAACCAUUAGAAGAGGCAACCAUUGAAAAGAAGGAAUCAGAAGUGGAGGCACCUGAGGUUACUGAAGAACUAGUUCUCUUGGCUUCUUAUACUGUGCAUUGCCCUUGCCGGCAGUUGGAGAGCAGGGACUCCAUAGAGGCUGAACUCAAGACAGUAAGAAAUCCGUUUAAUGCACUUCAGGAGAUCCAGUCUGAGGUUGUCUGUUAACAAGUCUGUUUCAUGUGCUUAAACUGAAGAGUUGUCACUGGAAAGAGACAAGUUUGGAGUGAGACCUUCAUGAGGAAUGAGUAGAGAAGCAGUGGUUUGGACCUGUUGAGCAUUGUAGUCAUGCAACAAGCUGCUGCACUUCUUGGAAAGCUCUGUUAAUAUUUGGCCUAACUGGCAGAUUUCACUCAAUGCCGACCUGACCUGUUACUUUGGCCUCAUAAUUGUGAAGAAUUUAGGCGGCAACUUGGACUUUCAAACAUCUCUCAAGGCUGCACCUUCAUGCCUGUGGAGCACGUGGUUGCAGAUUAGGACUAUGCAGAGAUGACUUUUAUUGUUGGAUGUUUAUGAAAUGUGCUCAUAGCUUCACCUUGUUCAUAUUGGAGUAUAUAUAGGCACAUACUGUAAAAUAGAAAGAGCUCAGCAAUUUACGGGUGGGUGUAUGUCUGCUUUCUUUUGCUCCAGUCUUCUGACCAGCUGCAUGGCUGAUACAGAGGUUAGCGCCAAAGCCAAUAGCAAAGCUGGACAUACAGGCUUGCUCUCACGCAUACUUCAUGUGUGCACUGAAUUUUAAAAAGGGAUUAUAAUUAUUAUUGCACUUGAACUAUUGAUGUUAAUUGUACAUAUGUGGGAAGCAGCUUCUCCACUAGAACGUGGACUUUUGAUGUGAAUGUUAACAUGGUGCCACUAUAUAAAUAAAGGAUGAUGAGAAUAUGCAGUUUUAUAGACAAUCCAUCACCUGCGUCUGCUUGCAUCAAAACAACUUUAUCUGGAUACCUUCAAACAAUUGUCUGUAUUUGCUGCAGUGGGUUUUGGUGUUUAAAGGAAUUGAAACUCACAACUGGGGUGGGGGGCCCUUAGACACUGACCCCCACUCUUUACAUUAGACGUCUCUAUUCACAAACAACAGGGAACUGCUGUACACAGAGAAGUCUUAUAAUUGGGGGAUCCUUGUUUGAAUUUUAUCAGCACUGAACAGGGUUUCUUUGAGGCUUUAAGGUGACCGUAGCCACAGGGUUCUCCAGUCUCAAUAACACAACACAGAGUAGGACAGAGUCUGGGGGAGUGAAGUUCAGUUCACGGAUGGUCUCUGUGCAUUAUACAAUUUCAAUGCUCCCAUUGGCCCAUGGAAUCCUCCAAUGAGAAUCCUGCCUCCCCUGUAUAUACCCCCUUGCCUGUCAGUAUGAUCUGCCCCGGAGGCACAAACCCACAGUCUAUGGUACUGGGCCAGACGUGUGCACAAACCCAGGAUUGUACAAGGUGCAGAUCAGGCCCACUGCUACUUCUACUUCUAUCUUUUGCUUCUGCUCUUUAUUCUUGACUAAUAAUGGCAGGACAGAGGUAAAACAGUGAUCUCCCUGUGUUUAGGAAUCAUUAGGCUUGUGUGAUAUCUGUGUGGAAAAGAAAAACACAUAAAAAGUAGAAGGAAAAUGAAGAAAAGGGACAAAUACUGUCGAUUGUUAGUAUUCCCAAAGCCAAACCCAUUUACUGUUAUUUUGCACAUCUGAUAAGACAUUUAUAUCGAUUUGUUGUUACAGGUAUGUGACUUUUGUGCAGUUGUUGCCUUCUUAAUAUGGAUACAAUUUUGGAAAUAAAGAUACAUGCCUACGUAUAUAGAAAUAGUGUUUUUUUUCUUUCUUUAUAUGGAUAAAAUGUUAUAAAUAAAGAUACAUGCCUACGUA